AUUCAGCAGACUACAGUGUUAUGCUGAGACAAAUGUUGGGUGGAUUUUGUUUAUGUUUUUUAAAUUGGAAAAUUUGCCUAGUACCCUGGUCAUCUUGUGGGUGUACUCAACGUGACCCUGACACUCAAAGUCACGUACUUGAACGCUGUGUGACGUGCGGAGGUUUUGAGAGCGAAGUAUCCCGGGGUAUUGAGGCUUGUUUCAGCUUUGUAAGGUCGGCGAACGGAACACCUUGAUGGAGAUGGAGAGGCAAUCGUUGAUGGAGCAUCAUAUGGGGCAACUGACGAAUCACGAUCGGCAACUACCAGACGGGAUAGGGGAACAGAUUACAAUAAAUGCAACUAACUGCUCGUUUAUACAACAACCAAAUGUGAAACGGGAACGAAGAUAUGGAAGUCGCUACACAACUAUACUUGAAUCAACAAAACUGCAACUGCGGUCAUUUGACGAGAAAAAGUUUGUGGAGACAGCAGCUUGUCGUGAAGCAAAACAACGAUUAGCAUUCCAUGGGGUGGUAGUGAUUGUAGGACAGCGAGGCAGUGGCAAGACGGCCAUGGGUCUGCACAUCCUAAAAUCAUUAACGUCAGGAUCGAAACCUGUCAUAUUAACCAGUCCACAAGAUUGGGACACCCUACCUCUACGUCUACCAAAGAAUCAAGACCCUAGAAGGAAACUUACCAUUCUGGUGGACAACAUGUUUGGGAUUGAAAACACUGAAUCUUACUUGAAAGCAUUAUGGCUGCAGAAAUUUGAUAGCAUGUGGCCGCAUAUUGAAUUUGGAAUCGUGAACCUGGUCCUUUUGUUAUCUAGAGGCAUUUUCAACACUUGCAAAGAACAGCUCUCGGAAUAUAAACUAUUUCAAACCUCGCACAUUCUGUCACUCUCAGAUCCGAAAUAUGAGGUAACCGGCGAUGAACAAUUACAAAUGAUUCAGAAUGCAAUGAAGAAACCAUUGUGCACAGCGGAAAAGUCGGUUCUUUCAAAACUUAGUAUUCCUUUUUUGCCGAUGAUAUGUCAGUUCUAUGCUCGUGAUAAUGAAUCACGUCAGAAAGGCCUGGAGUAUUUCCAAAACCCUGUUGAAUGCAUGGUGAAGAGGUUCAAGAUAGUGAGAGAACAAAAUGAUCUUCAGUACCUUGUGCUGGUUCUUCUUGCCGUGAUGCAGGGGCGACUUCCAAAGAGUUUUUUCUACCCAGAUCCACAGUCCAGUGAAGUCAAGGACACUGGUCUUGUUUUGAAAACUAUCAGGAAAUUUGUAAAGUUUGAUGUCAGUCCGUGUAAUCUUGAAAAUAUAGCUGACAGUAUGAUAGGGGAGUAUUUGUCUUAUUCGGAAUCAGACAAAACUUACCGAUUUCUUCAUCCUAUAUUGUAUGAUUCUGUACUACUAAGCUUUUCCAGUUAUCAUAUCAAAGAUGUCAUUGAUAUGUGUCCCACUAGGUUUCUUGUUCAAUACACACAAGUCUCUUCGUGUAGUGUUUCAGAAGGAAGUCUUCUGCUUCAGGUGCAAGUGAAAAACUGCCAAAUCCUUGCACAGAGAAUAGCUUUUGAGCUCACAGAAGGGGACUUCUUUUCAGUGUUAAGUCACUCUGCAUUGAAGGACGAACAAUUCAACGUUGUCCUCACAAAAUGUAUCUUAAAAUGCAAGGGAUGUACGCGCAUCUGCCGCAGGAAAAUUGGUUUCUUUCAUAUUUACAAGGAUGCUCCUUUUGCCUUUUCAUAUACUGAAAGUGUUUUCCGAGCUCAAAACGAGGCAAGAAGUUCAAUUGGAAAACUGUACAGAAGAUGGAUGGCUACAUACAAAACUCUCAUUUGUUUGAUAGUUAUGCAAAAUUUAGAGACACUAGCAAAGAAAAUUCUUGAUCAAGUGAAGAUGAGACACGAUAUUAGACUCCUUCACUGCGCAUGUUUUAUGGGGAACUUUGAGGUUGCUCGAAAGGCGUUUUCUGAAAUAGACACUGACCCAGGUGCUGUUCCAAGAGUCAUCAUUCCCCUGUGCAUUGUAUCCGACAAAGAGAAUAUAAUGUUUAUGAAGGCACUUCUACACCACUUCAAACAAACAUCGCGGUUCUGUUGGUUUUACCUUGAGAAGUUAGUGCGUUUAGCAAUAGCUGUUCUCAAAGUGAAACAUGUAAGAGAGAUAAUGCAAUGUAUGAAGGAGAACGCACAGGAAAUAUCUGAAGGAGAUUACCAAAGGAUGCUGAACACGUUUCUCCACCAACUAAUGGAUGAGUUUUACAGCUGCCAUUAUGACAAAAGACAAGAGGCUUUAAAACAGAUGCUGGAACUUCUUCUGAAGGAGGGCGCUGAAGGGGACCAUGGAAAGCUGAUCUUUAUGGCAUCCCAACACAAAACACCAGAUGCUCUUAAAAUACUAUUAAGCAAAUUUUCAAACGGAGAGACACCACCAAUCACUGGGGCUCAACAUGACACUUCACAAACAUUUGGCACAAAGGGCAGCACGCCACUAUUGGAAGCAUCAAAACGCAGUACAGAAUCAGUUAAGUUGCUUCUUGGUUGCGGUGCCAAUAUCAAUCUUGUUGAUGACAACGGAUAUACAAUUUUGCACUCACAGAUCAUUUAUUCCAACUUUGAGUUACUGAACUUGAUUUUAUCAGCAAUGGUAAGUCCACUCCCAGUAUAUCGGGACAAAUCGUCAGAAACACCUCUGCACAUUGCCAGUGAAAAUGGUAACUUUGAAUGUUUAACUUUGCUUCUGAAAAAGUACCCUCAUGUGAAGGAACUCACUUCCGGAGGUUCAACAGCUCUCCAUUUAGCCAUAUUGUCAGGAACAGACAAGGCUGACAAGGUUAAGGCCCUCAUCCAAGCUAAUAGUGAUAUCACAAUUGCUGACUAUAGGGGCAACACUGUGCUCCACCUUGCUGCAGUUGGUAACCAUAUUCAGAUUGUUAAAACACUCAUUGACAAGGGGGCAAAUGUAAAUCAGAGAAACACUGACGGAAACACACCUUUGCACCUUGCACUAUCAUCACAAUCCACAAAAGCAUGUGUCGAUAUCCUUCUGAAAAGGGGUGCUGAUGUUUUACUGGAAAAUAAGAAAGGAAUGACACCAGUCUAUGAGGCAGCUGUAACUUUAUCUGUAGACGCUCUUGCAAUGUUGCUGAAAUAUUGUCCUAGGAAUCCACCCUGUUCAAAUCUACAUCCUCUGAGAAGUACAAAUAACUUUGAAAAAGUGAAACUCCUCAUCAAUCACGGUUUCUGUCAAACACCAGAGUGUGCCCAAAAGUGUCUUAUAAAACUUGCAAAAGGGGAUUAUCCACAAGUGAUUGUCACUGGAUACAUACGAGACUAUGAGAUUGCAACUGAAAACAACCCAUUUCCGUGGCAGGGUAAGACACACAUGGAAGAGGUUUGUCACGAAAGUCUUACUGCAUUGCUAUGUGACCAUGGAGCUGAUGUAAAUCUGCUCAGUACUGAUAACAGAACAUUCACCUCUACAUCUCUAUUAAACCCUAUAAAUAUCAGACAGAACAUACAUUUUGUCCAUAAAAGAGCAGCCCAAACGUCACCAGAUGCUGGAAUGGCAAAAAAGAAGCGAGUAGAUAGUUGUACUGGCAAGACUAUCGUCAAUGAAAGAGCUUCUUUUGGGGAAACCCCAAUUGACGAGACAGUAUCUGAAGGCAUACAAGCCUUUGACUCCACUGCAACAGGUCAGGCGACGGUGGAAAACCAUCAGCCCCAAAUCGGCCCAUGUAUUGUUCAAGAGAACCUGAAUACAAGCAGUGUAACAAAUUCUAAAGAUGCAACUCUAGAUGUUGGCAUUGAUGGAAAUAGCACAAACCUAGAAUCCAGCUCAACUGACCAUACUACUCCAAGCAAAACCAAAGAGACUGAAAAAACAGAAGCAUUCACAGGACGGAUUAAUUCAGAUGAAAGUGCGAUUGCCAAGAGUUGCAAUGAUCCUGACAAACUGGAAGACAUGGGAGGAUACACACCAUUCCACAUUGCACUUAAGAAUAGCAACUGGGAAAUGGUGGAGUGCUUAAUCAAGAAGGGAGUCGAUGUAAAUAUUCAGCCAUCACGAAAGAAAGUCAUUCCACGCAACAUUUGGGGUUCGUACAUACCAUUGGAGAUAUUCAAAUUAAUUUUUCUACAUGGAGGAAACCUAAAAUGCACGGGAGACAUGUUCACAAAUUUUGCAUUCAGACGAUUCUGGAAAACUAUAACUUUGCUUCUAGAAAAGGGUUUUGAUGUGAAUUCAAAAGAUUGCCAAGGAAACACUGCACUUCACUUUUCAUUGCGUUCAUGGAGGUGUUUGCUAGUGCUGUUAGCAAACGAUGUCAAAGUCAAUAUUCAAAAUAGCUUGGGAUCUACAGCACUCCACCAUUGGGUAGACUUCGCAUACUCGUGUCAAAUUCGAUUUCAAGGUAAAGUUGAUUUACUGCUCAGGAAUGGAGCUGAUCCAAACCUAAGAGACAAUAGCGGUGACACUCCACUCUUGAUUGCUUGCAGUAGAAGCGAAAUUCAUGAAAGGAGUAAACAACAUAAAAGGAAGAAAUUGUGGAUUGUUGAAGGGCUGGAAGUAAAGACGCGAAGUCUGUUAACAACAGAAAGAAGAUUGGCCGUUCAAUAUGUCUUAAUGACAACGUGAAAGUGCUCGUGCAGUAUGGUGCUGAUUGCAAUAUCAAGAACCGUGAAGGAUUUGCUGCUCUACACAUAGCUGUGCAAAAUUCAAACUAUGAACUUGUUUGUAUUUUGUUAAAAGGAACCUGUGACGUUAAUGUUAAAGAUGGUAAUGGGAACACACCAUUGAACCUUUUACUAAAACUUGUGGCAGAAUGUCAGCAUGGGACAGCUUCGUAUUACAUACCACAUCAUAGAAGAGAUAUCCAGGUUUGGAAGUUUGUAGAACGACUGUUAAAGAAGAACACUGAUCCUGAUAUUAAGAACAAUGAUG